GUGAUUCAGAUCUUCACUGACUGCUGGGUUUCACCUGUUCAAAAGACGUAUUGCAUAUAUUCCAAAGACUUUUCGUGAUGGUUCGUGAAUGUGCGAUUUAGUCCUAAACUAAGAUUAGGUAAAUUUGAUUUAAUCUCAAUAAAGUCUACUUUUAGUCAAUGAUGAACAAGAACAUGGAAGAAGAUAUGUUAAAAUGCGAUUCUGAAGAAAUAUUUCAGGAGCUUAAAUCAGUUGUUUCAGAAUGGUAUGACAGUAGAGGAUAUAUCGAUAAUCUAAAAGUCUUGUACAGAGAUUUGUUAUCUCCUGCUGAGUUACAUAACGCGUCUAUGACGAUAGAGUUGCUAAAUUUAUUAAGUGAUUCCGAUGAACUAAGUUCAAAAAGUCUCACUCUUCUGUAUGACACCAUAACGAUAAGCAAACAGUUUGCAUUAGUUAAACAAUUUGAAGAGCAACUACCAUUAGUUCCAGUACCUAAGAACAUUAGGGAUAAUAAAAUAUCUAAGUUCACACCUCACCGACAAAGGCUGAUGAAACUGGGAAAACAACUGACAAAUGAAUGUGUAGCCAAGAUAGAUGGUUUGUUUAAUAAGCCAUUGAAAAAAUAUCCUGACAGCUGGUGUUUAAUUUUGGAUUUGGAAAACAGAGGUUUAAUUUGUAAAGGAGAGAUGACAACAUUUCGUGGAAAAUUAGAGAAGCUUAAUCUUACAGCAGAUGUGUGUAGAUUAUGUAAAGAUGAUGAAAGUCAAUCACCAGUAUUCAAAAAAGCAAAGUUAGUUUUACCUAGCAACCAAGUUUCAGACGAUGAAAGUCAUCUACCGGCAUUAAGAAGACCAUCACAAGAUGAGAUUAUCAGACAAUAUCUGCACGGUCAACAACAAAAAGUGUGCAGAAAUGCUAACCGAUUCACUCCGGCAACGUGGAAUACCAGGUACCAAGUUGACGUUGCUCACAUGUUCACUGAUUUGGACCUACUUAAACAAAAUAAAAAGAAACAGGAUGCCAAACCAACAACUUUGAAGGAGAUUUUAGAAAUUUUCAAAUGCACACCUGCAUGUAGGGCUCUUAUCGACGGUGAAGGUGGCAUUGGUAAAACUACCCUACUCAGGUACUUAGCAUACAACUGGGCCACCAAUACAUCAGAUGAAAUUUUCAAAGACAAAAUAGUAUUUCCAGUUGGUAUCAGAGAUAUGGAGGCACGUGAGGAUGUCUUAGAUGUAAUUGUGAAACAGAUUAAUUUCAAACAUUUUAAUUUGAAAACAAAUUUGCUUGAGGAUCCAAAAUUAAUUAAACGAUUUAUAUUGAAUCAUGAUGAUGAGGUUGUAUUUUUGUUAGAUGGAUUAGAUGAAUUGAGAGAUGGAAAUGAAUGUCCAUCAAAACUUUUCAAAAGAGAAGAAUUAGAAAGCAGCACAGUAAUACUUACAUCUCGAUCAGAAAAUAUAGACGAGUUCAUUAAUGAGAGCAGUGUACAUGUCAAAGUGAAGGGAUUCAAUGCUGGUAAUAUCAAAAUAUAUAUCAAUAAAUAUUUUGAUCAUUUUGAAGAAGAAGGCCAAUCUGAAUUAGGAGACACCCUAAUUAGAGAAUUGCAGGUGGAUGCAGUAUGCAGGAGUCCUGGAUUUAAACACAGAGACGUGUAUUCAAUGUGUAAGAAUCCAAUGUUGCUUCUCUCAGUAUGUACAAUUUGGGAGGAAAGUCAAAAGCUUCCAGCUGACAAAUCUGAUCUACUUAAAGAAUUUUUUAGAUGUAUAUUGAAUCAGUUUAUUGAUAAACAAAAAUCCAAAGAGGGUAAAAUAUCUGUAUUGCAGAAUACCCCAAAGAAGUAUGUCGAUGCUAUGCUUGCAUUAGGGAAGUGUAUGUAUAGAGGCUUAAAGAAAAAUCAACUGUACAUAAACAAAAAACAUUUGGAAGGAAAUGAAGAAACAGUUACACUGGCUUCUAAACUUGGAUUUGUCUACGAAGAUGCAUCCAGUUUUAAAGCGAAGUUUGAACAUAUUUUUACAGCUCCUCACAAGUUGAUAGUAGAAUCAUUAGUAGGGUUUUACUUUUACAAAUUAUGUCAUCUAACAGUGUUGGGAAAUGAUUGUAAAGGAGACCGUGACAUGGCCAAUGUAAUUACUCGAUUGGAUGAUAAUGAAUGGGUAGCAAUAAGAGAAAAUAAAUAUCUACACAUGGCAAGAGUGUUUGCAAUUGGAUUUCUUGGUGCUAAUGCUGGAUUGUUCUUAAGUCAUUGGAUAACAAAAGGGUUUUCAACAUUUCCGGCUCUAAUGACGUAUUUAAACAUUGUGAAAGAUAAGCACAUGUCCUCUGUAGUUGACGAACUAAGUAGCAGCAUUACCAGAGCAGAUAUAAAAUUAAAAUCACAAAUUGAUAAAGUAUGUAAAUCUCUGAGGAGAUUUAUUCUUAACUUCAAUCCUUCUUUGAACCUAAGUAAAGAUGAACCUUUCAUAAAACUUAUGAGAAAAAUGUAUAAUGAUUUUUGGGGGCCAUGUCAGCUAAUAUCAAAGAAUGAGCUGAAAAAGUUAAAAACUAUCACUGAAGCUUUUUGUAACAAACUGUCAUAAUCUGACGAAAAAGGCAGAAUACUUGCUCACAUCAUGAUUGCUAUGCCACGUCAAGCAUGUUUUUUUGAAGCUAUUUGUGAUAUUUGUACUGACAUUGAUACUAACUAUCUAGAAGAUGAGUGCCAAAAGCUUAAUUUCAAAUAUGAUAUUACAAGGUAUUCAAUGUGUCGUACAAGAAAUACCAACUCACAUUUAGUUCAUCUGUUAAGCAACUCACCAAAACUUGACAGGCUGCUGUUAUAUAAUAGUAUCACGGAUGUAAAUUUGGAUUACAUGAUCAGAGUGUGUUUAAAAAGAGAUAUAAAGUUAGAAUUAACGUUUCUUGAUGUCAGUGGUAAUGAUUUCAGGAAUAUUGAUGGAUCUUUAUUGGCAUCGUUAUUCAUUAUUGCUCCAAAGCUGUUUCAUCUUUCAAUGAAUGAUUGUAGCCUGUCAGUUGCUAUUAUAAAUGAUAUGAUCACAGAAUGUUUUAGUAAAGGUUGUAUGUUAAAAAUUCUUGAAAUCACUGAUAAUAAUUUCAGCAAUAUAGAUACAUCUUUAUUGGUUAAUGCUCCUAAAUUGAAUAUUGUAACAUAAAUAAUGUUUGUAUACUUUCUUAAUAUUCUUGAAUAUUCUUGCAUGUUCGCUUAAAUGUAAAACUGCUAUUUUUGCUGAUGACACCCUUAUGUAUAGUCCUAUAACCUCUCCUCAAGACUCUCUCAACCUUCAAGCAGAUCUUGACCAACUUACUCUGUGGAGUGAAGUAAA